AACGUUGAUAGAGAGAUAAUAUUGGAGGCAAGUUGCCUUUGAACAGCUCUCUGAAGACCAACUGCCUCCCCAUCGCAUUCCUUGCCCUGAAGCUGUUUCCUCUGGUUGUGCUGAGGGGUGAUGCGCAAGGUGCAUCACUUUUCAAGAACUGGAUCAUGAACAACUUUAUCCUCCUGGAAGAGCAGCUCAUCAAGAGAUCCCAACAAAAGAGAAGAACUUCUCCUUCAAACUUUAAAGUCCGAUUCUUUGUUUUAACCAAAACCAGCCUGGCAUACUUUGAGGACCGUCAUGGGAAAAAGCGCACUUUGAAGGGUUCCAUCGAACUCUCCCGAAUCAAAUGUGUCGAGAUUGUGAAAAGUGACAUUAUCAUCCCAUGUCACUACAAAUAUCCAUUUCAGGUUGUUCACGACAACUACCUCCUGUAUGUGUUUGCUCCAGACCGCGAGAGCCGGCAGCGUUGGGUGCUGGCCCUCAAAGAAGAAACAAGGAAUAACAACAGUUUGGUGCCCAAGUAUCACCCUAAUUUCUGGAUGGAUGGGAGAUGGCGGUGCUGUGCUCAGAUGGAAAAGCUUGCAGUGGGCUGUGCCCAGUACGAUCCCACCAAAAAUGCUUCAAAGAAGCCUCUUCCUCCUACUCCUGAAGACAACAGGCGGUCACUUCGGGAACUUGAAGAAACCGUGGUCAUUGCCCUGUAUGACUACCAAACGAAUGAUUCACAGGAACUCAUGCUACAGCGCAAUGAGGAGUACUACCUGCUCGACAGCUCUGAGAUUCACUGGUGGAGGGUUCAGGACAGGAACGGGCAUGAAGGAUACGUUCCAAGCAGUUAUCUGGUGGAAAAGUCUCCGAAUAACCUGGAAACCUAUGAGUGGUACAAUAAGAAUAUCAGCCGAGACAAAGCUGAAAAACUUCUUUUGGACACAGGCAAAGAAGGAGCCUUUAUGGUACGAGAUUCCAGGACUCCAGGGACAUACACCGUGUCUGUUUUCACCAAGGCCAUCGUAAGUGAGAACAACCCCUGUAUAAAGCAUUAUCACAUCAAAGAAACAAAUGACAACCCCAAGCGAUAUUACGUGGCUGAAAAAUAUGUGUUUGAUUCCAUCCCUCUCCUCAUCAAUUAUCACCAGCACAACGGAGGAGGCCUGGUCACUAGACUCCGGUAUCCAGUUUGCUCCUGGAGGCAGAAAGCCCCAGUCACCGCAGGGCUGAGAUAUGGGAAAUGGGUGAUUGAUCCCUCGGAGCUCACUUUUGUGCAGGAGAUUGGCAGUGGGCAGUUUGGGUUGGUGCAUCUUGGCUACUGGCUCAACAAGGACAAGGUGGCCAUCAAAACCAUUCAAGAAGGGGCUAUGUCAGAAGAGGACUUCAUUGAGGAGGCUGAAGUCAUGAUGAAACUCUCUCACCCCAAACUAGUCCAGCUCUAUGGAGUAUGCCUGGAGCAGGCCCCCAUCUGCCUGGUGUUUGAGUUCAUGGAACACGGCUGCCUGUCAGAUUACCUGCGUAGCCAGAGGGGGCUCUUUGCUGCGGAGACCCUGCUGGGCAUGUGUCUGGACGUGUGUGAGGGCAUGGCCUACCUGGAAGAGGCGUGUGUCAUCCACAGAGACUUGGCUGCCCGGAAUUGUUUAGUUGGGGAAAACCAAGUUAUCAAGGUGUCUGACUUUGGGAUGACAAGGUUCGUCCUUGAUGACCAAUACACCAGUUCCACAGGCACCAAGUUCCCAGUGAAGUGGGCAUCUCCGGAAGUCUUCUCUUUCAGUCGCUACAGCAGCAAGUCAGAUGUGUGGUCAUUUGGUGUGCUGAUGUGGGAAGUAUUCAGUGAAGGCAAAAUCCCAUAUGAAAACCGAAGCAACUCAGAGGUGGUAGAAGACAUCACCACUGGAUUUCGGUUAUACAAGCCCCGACUGGCCUCCCAGCCUAUCUACCAGAUCAUGAAUCAUUGUUGGAAAGAGAAACCAGAAGACCGGCCACCUUUCUCCAGACUCUUGAGUCAACUGGCUGAAAUUGCAGAAUUGGGGCUUUAAAAGAGACUCAGUACUAGGCCACGGGCUACAGAUCCUGAGUAGGGGAAGGAGGUCUUCCCUCCACAGAGCAUUAAAAGCUGCCACCAGCCCAGGACUCCCCAGAGGCAACUGGCCUGUUGCGCCAGACCCUAAGCUGCCAUGGAGGCAGCGGCCUGCUACAGGCUGGCGCCAGGCCACAGGCAAAAGGCUCAGCCCCUGCGCUGGGAGUGGGGCCAGAGCAGCAGUGAUGUCCCUACCCUUCCUCCGGCCUCUUCUCCUGCGUAAUGCACAAACCUCAACCAACAGCUUUAAGGCAACACUUCUUGCACUUCUUAGAGAAAGGGAGAGAUGGUGUAGGACCCUGGAUUAUUACCUUCAUUAUUAUUUUAAACAUGGACCUAAAGGUCAUGGUCAAGGGAAUCUUUAUUUGACCCAGCAAUACAGAAUCCCAGAAUAUGGGGCGAGAUGAUCAAGAAGCAUGACAAUUUCUCAAGGAGAACUAGUGAGUUAAUUAAAGUCACAAAGAGUAAGCUCUGCCUCUGUGAUGCUGUCAGCCACAACUUCCUGCCUCAGAGGAUGAUGGAACAACUGCUUACCUCAGAGACCGGAUAUGCUGAGAAGUAGCUUUGUGAGGUUUUACUCAUAGAGCACACUGCCACCUCUCUCCUUGAAGAGAGCAUGAUGGACUGGGGUGAACAAUUCUGAUCCCACUGCUGGAGCAUUGGGUAUCUGGCGUCUGGGCAGAAAGAGGGCAUCAGAUGAUGGAAUCACCUGAUACAGGGAAAUGCCUUAGGCUGUUACCACUUGGAUGCUCAUCUUUAGUACCAAGUCAAGCAGGUGAUUCUGCCUCCCCUUUCACGCCGAAUGCUUCGGCAGGCAUCCUGGGGGGGGGGGGGGGGUGGCGGGGGGAAACCAUGGCUUCUGUAAACAAUCAGACCCCUCUCUGCAUUCUUCCAUCCUCAUCAACAGAGUGCAGACUUGUGCCAGGCACUGUGGCCUGCCAGAGAAACUGAAGCUUGUUUCGGCCCUAGAGAUUUGCAACUUCAAGGUUGAGACUUCAAGUCUCCCUAAAUUCUAAGGGAGGAACAAGAGGUCUGUUCUUGCUCAAACCAUCUGGAAGGAAACUGAGUCAGGUACUGAGUCAGGGGCUUCCAAGAUGCACAAGGAUGCCUCUUGAUAUUGAGCACCUGAAUAUGCAAAGUGCAAAAUGUACGGAGCUACAGGACUUAUCUGCAGAAUCUCAGUUCACCCUGAGUUCACACCAACACUGUGAGGUAUUAUCAUCAUUCCCAUUUUACAGACAAUGGAACUUCGGCUUUGAAAAGCUUGGACACCUGCCUGAAGCAACAGAGUUAGGAAGUAUUAAUAUAGAGCCCACCUCUGUCUGACUCCAAUGCAGUUUCUCUAUUUUUAUUCAAUACCGCCUCCUAUUGAGGGUCAAAGAGAUUGCAGAAGAGAUAAGUACAGCAGAGGGGAAGAACCAAUAAAGAAGCCCACACAGCACCAUCAGCAAGUAAAGUUGAUCCUGUAUGGAGCAGUGUGGUUGUCGAUGUAGCCCUCCAACUUGGAAUAGGAUCUUUAUUUCCUCAUCUGUAUCCUCACCUUCCUUAGAGUUAAUGACUUUGGAGUUAUUAAAGGAGUAAUUAGCCCUUUGAUUCACCCAACCCACCAGAGUAAUACUGCAAGAAGCUGUUUAUAGAUGGGCUUCAAAGUGGCUUUAAAAGAUCCUCCUGCAGAAGUGUAAAUACUUCCUUUAAUUAUCACUUCAACUUUGAACUGGCCACAGUCUUCUUGGACACUUUCUGAGGAGGGAUAUUCCCUGAUGUGAGAGAGAUUUAAUUUUCCUACGGUGUUCAGAUAAAACUCUCAGAGCGAUUACUGGAUGGUGUUGAAGUCAACUCUUUCUAAAUCAUGUGAUAUUUUGACUGCCUGGUGAUGCAGACACACAACUUUUAACUAUAACUAUUGUGACAAUGGUAGCUUCAAAAUAAAACUAUCAUUCAGAAGAUGACAUUCCUCAACUUAUCCAAAAUCAUCCCUGUUUACUUUUCUGGCAUUUUUGUGCAUUCUUUUUAGGACCCUUUAAUUAGAGAUGAUUUCUGGAACAUCAAGCCUAGAAGGAAAACAUCAGAAUUGACUGAUUUUCUGUGGUAUGGUUUAGAAUGAUUCUCCCCUGCAUGGUAUUAUCUUGUUCAAGUUCAGAUUCAUUGAGGCUUUAACUCAACACGUGUCAAGAGUUUAGCUCUCAGUGUCCUGGAAAGUGGACUUCCUGCCUGUUUGGCUUUUUUCCCCCUCUCACAUUUUGAAAAUGGUGCCAUGUGUUUACAGGGAAUUCCCCUAUGCAAAGUUUUGGUUCUAGAUGCAUUUGAUAGAUUCUGCAUUGUGUCCUUUUGAGACUAUAUAUUUAUGUUUUACUAGAGUGAAUAUUUAUUACUGUACAGUCAUUCACAAUUAAAAUGUUACAAAUAUCUCCCAUGCUUUGUAAAGCUCACCAAGUUAAAGGCUGGGUCUAGCAAAUAAAGUUGUGCAUUUUAGUGAA